AUGGCCUUUGCACCCAGGGGUCCUGAGGCCUCGUUCUUCCAGGUUUUGGACCAGCACAGGGCUUCCCUGCUGGCCGCCCUGAGGAAAGGCAGCGGGGAGCCCGCUGGCGGGGGGACGCACCUGGCCACUAGUUCUGAGGUUCUUGCAUCUAUAGAAAAUGUUAUCCAAGACAUAAUCACAAGCUUGGCAAGAAAUGAAGCACCUGCAUUCACAAUAGACAACAGAUCAAGCUGGGAAAAUAUAAAGUUUGAAGAUUCUGUGGGACUGCACAUGGUAUCUCAUUGUACCACAAGAAAAAUCAAAAGUGAUUCAGCAAAAUCAGUUAAAACUUUUGCACUAAUUCUUAAAAUAUUGUCCAUGAUUUAUAAAUUAGUACAGAGCAACACUUACGCAACCAAACGAGACAUAUAUUACACCGACAGCCAACUCUUUGGUAACCAGACUGUUGUGGACAAUAUUAUCAAUGAUAUUUCCUGUAUGUUAAAAGUGCCGAGGAGAAGUCUGCAUAUAUUAUCUACAUCAAAAGGUUUAAUUGCCGGCAAUUUAAGGUAUAUCGAGGAAGAUGGCACCCAGGUGACUUGUGCAUGUGCAACAGCUGUUGCUGUGCCAUCUAAUAUUCAAGGAAUUCGGAAUUUAAUUACAGAUGCAAAAUUUCUAUUAAUUGUAGAAAAAGAUGCGACAUUUCAGCGGCUCCUAGAUGACAAUUUUUGCACCAAAAUGUCUCCGUGCAUCAUGGUUACGGGAAAGGGAGUACCUGAUCUGAACACAAGACUUUUAGUCAAGAAGCUGUGGGAUACAUUUCACAUUCCUAUUUUCACUCUUGUAGAUGCUGAUCCACAUGGCAUAGAAAUAAUGUGUAUCUAUAAGUAUGGAUCUAUGGCUAUGUCUUUUGAAGCCCAUAAUCUCACAGUUCCAGCUAUUCGAUGGCUUGGUCUCCUCCCAUCUGAUAUCAAAAGAUUAAAUAUACCUAAAGGUACUUUAAUUCCACUGACAAAACAGGACCAAAUGAAACUUGACAGUAUCCUGAAGAGACCUUAUAUUACUUGCCAACCAUUUUGGAGAAAAGAAAUGGAAAUAAUGGCAGACUCUAAAAUGAAGGCAGAAAUUCAAGCCUUGACCUUCCUAUCAUCCGAUUAUCUCUCCAGAGUGUACUUACCCAACAAAUUAAAAUUUGGAGGAUGGAUAUAA